AUGUCUGUUUCGUCAGUGUCGUUUACCACAGACGUGAACAUCAGAUAUGAUAGGCUUUUCAACGAAUAUGCUAAAGUGAGUGAAAGAACUCAUUUGGAGGCUGAACUUCGGAAAGUGAAAACUGAGAACGAAAGUCUCACAUUUCGAAAUGAUCAACUUGUGAAGCGAGUGGAGAGACUUCAAGAUGAGCUGGAAUCUAUAUAUCCCUUUGAUGCCUCUCUGGAAGCGCUUCCAUGUCACAUUAAAAUGGUAUGUUCAACUAAACCCCGCUUUACUUGGGUAGUUUUUCUUUUAUGUUACGAGUCUCUUUGUUAUUGCAAAGUUUCUUAUCACAGUUAUCUUCUGGAUUGGCGCAGUGUUCACAGUUACUCACCAGGUAGCUUAGAUUCUUGGUGCUGUUUCUAUCAGUUUAUUUCUUUCCUGUCUGUGUUUGCAGAGCUCGAUAUGACGUUCUCAACCCGGUGGGCUUUGGAGUCUCGUUUUCCAACAGCUACUAAAAGGAUUUGCUGCAUCGGUACAGCUACUUCUCACUGUUUAUCGCGAUUGGUAAGCGAGUCGAGCAAGCUCGCUGCUAGAGCUCGUGCGGUCAAUGAAUUAGUUAGAAAUGUAUUCAGUCGGAGUUUUUACAACAUUGAGUUCCAGGUCGACUACCUAAAAGAAAAGAUUAGUACACUUGAAUCGGAACGAGAAGGUUAUUUAGUUGAUCUUUCACUACUUCGAAGGAAGCUUACGCACAUGGGAGUUAAGGAGGUUAAGUAA